AUGAAGAAAUAAAGUUUAGCAUCUUAUUUAGAUAAUUUUCAGGUUUCAAGAUAGAUUAAUCGUUGCGAUUCAUAAAUACACAAUUGUUCAACCUGUUUUCUUGAUUAUAAUAACAAAUUAAUAUGCAUAACAUGCAUAUUUGGUUAUAUAUAAUUUGAUGGAAUCUGCUAUGAAAGUUAAGAAUAAAGUGUGUCUUAUUUAAUUGAAUUUGAAAUUUGAAAGUAAGAAGUUUUUAAUUAACUUUUCUUAUUAUUUAAAUUAUUAAGAACCUCCUUAAUUCUAUCCAUGUGGAAAUUUGUGUAAAACUUUGCAAGUUCUAAUUGGGAGAGUAUUAUUGCGAAUAAUGUUAUGACGCAGAUGAAUAUAAAGUUGAAAAUGUCAUAAAUUACAUGUGUUAAAUAUUUCAGAUACUUUAUAAUUUUAGGUAAAUAUAUAUUGAUGAAAAUUAGAAAUAGCGCCAUUCCUUUAUCCCACAGAGUAUUCCACCAAAUCUCCAAAGAAUUUUGUGUUCCCUUUUAGAGAUCCUUUUAUUAAAUAAAACCUUAUUUAUAAACUACUUCAUGUUGUUUGGAAGGUGAUUGCAAUAAUGAACUGACUUAUGAAUUUAUUUAAGAUAGUUGUUUUUUUAAUAGAUUUCCAAGAACCUAAAUAACCUUAUUUUUCAACCAGAAUAUUUGA